AUGAACCGAAAAACCAGAUUUCAAACGCGGAACGUGCGUGUUCAAGGGUCACUUUCCCACGAGAAAUUGCUCAUGGAGACGUACAAUGACAUAACAAAAUUGCCUCCUAUUGAGAAGACCAUUCAGUCCUACUUUGAACAAGAGAAACCCUAUAUGACUGAAGAGGAGCUCUCAACACCUGCUUUAGUUCAAGUCAUUUGUUUGGAUGGUGAGCUUUAUUACCCUUCUCAUAUCAUACAAGAACUCAUCAAGUCGGAAUUUGUUCGCGAGAAGACUGUGCCGUGCUUCGCGAGGUAUUCCAAACAGAUUGUAUCUGACAUUUUCUCGUCUUUUGUAUUCAACAGAUUUCCCGACUUCUCGCAGUACACAUCACUCCAGUUGGCAGAAGCUAUUGGAACGAUCACUUACUUUGUGAACCUCCAGAAGAACAUCGUCUCUUCGAUUGUAGCCGUAGUUAUUAGUCAUGCUCUGAUUUUCGACGAGAAGGUCGAAGAGGACUUAGUGUGUGUCUUAAUUAGAAUGAACGACGUCGAGGCGUUACAAUCGCUUUCAUUAAUUUUUCAGUCUUCUGUAGUGGAGACUAUUUUGAAAUUCUUAUUACAAUUCGGCAAAGUUGACGUGAAGAAAUUGGAUACCAACAACGUGUUAUACUUCGGUAAAAUCGCUAUCGAUAACUUGGACUUCAAAUUAUUCAGAGAAUUUGCAAAGGAAGCGAUCGAUCGACAAAUCACUAGCAUCGGCAUCUUUUUAUGGAAGUUCUGGAGUGUCUAUGACAAAGCAGUCGAAGAAGGUAUACUCGACUUAUUCAUACUUGCUGUUCAGAACUUGAAGAAUGAAGACACCGACUUGUACUUCAUGAUCACUGUGGAAGAGAUCCUUCAACAUGAAGACUAUUUGCCUUACCUUCAAAUGAUCAUCGCACACAUCAUCCACAUCUUGGAUACGAGAUGUACUAAUAUCCUCCUCCCACAUUGCUUAAAAAUUAUUGGGAUGUUCACUGGUACCGAGCACUCAAAUAAGAUUAUAUUCUCAAAUUACUGGCACUCUCUCGUCUUUAAGAGGAUCACCGGCAAAUUUGAAUUCUUAUCCCUUUCCCUCCCAAUACUCGUGAAUCUGUUAUCAACUAUUCCAUGCUGUAAACAACAAGUCGUGACAGCGUCCGGUAAACGCACAACAUUCUGUGAACUUACUGGAAAGUGUUAUUUGAAAGGGACGUGUAUUGUGGAAAUGCUGAUAUCAUUUCUUAGCAGCGCACAAGACCCUUCUGAGAUCCUUCAAAUAUUCGACUUGUUGACAAGUACCCUCCAACACGAUGUUUUAGACUCGACUCUUCCAAGUUUCAUGUUACCAAUAUUACUCGAAAUUACUAAGAAAUACGCACAUGACGAAGCCAUUGUUUCAAGAGGGUUGAAUUUGUUUGCAGACAUACUUUUUAGAACCAAAUUUGUGUUGAGCGAGAAGAUGAUCUCCGAGAUCAAGGGUAUAACUACUUUCAUGUUAGAGCGUUCUCCUGAUAUCGUGAGGGGUAUUGUACGCAUUAUGAAGUACAUCGGUACAUUAAACAUCCAAUUUUUAGCGACAUAUGGAUUUGUGCAGAUGCUCUCGACCAUUGUUAAGACAUACACAACCACACCAUCCGUGCUAUUUAUAGCAAUAGACAUAGUGUCCAACCUCUAUUGUAAAAAUGUCAUGUGUGACUAUAUGAAAUCGGAGGGGACUCCGGAGGACAUUUCAAUCUGUUUAAAAAUGUCACUCGACAAUUACGAGCAAAUGAAAAGUGUUCAUGGGUUCAAUCAAUUUGUAGAAAACUGUUGUUUCAUAUUGGGGUUUGCAAGUCAGGAAUGUACCGACAAAGAAACUUUAGAACAGUGGAUCAGCGCCGUUUCAGAGGCUACAAACAACUUCCCAAACAACAUUAAAAUCACAGAGAGUACCAAAGUACUUCAACUCAUCGCCAAGUCUUUUUUAUAA